AUGAACACGACCAGUAUCCGAUCGAGCGAGUACUCGUACAGAGACCCGCGGUACUUUUCUUCGUCCUCGAUUGGAAAUGUGCCACACUCCAAGGGCCUCGUCGACGGCUACGGUGGAAUGAUGCACUCGACCGACGACGAGGGCUCGAGAUAUAACCCUCAGCUCACCUCGUCGCUCUCCCAGGGCUCUGUCCUGCUAAACGCCAACGAUCCAGUAGCAAUGCAUCUGCUUGCCGAGACCGCGAUUGGAGACAGUUUACAUUUCGAGGUACUGUCGUAUGAAGAAGUAGAAGACCUCAAGAGGGAGCUGUCGCUGGUCCUGACCCGUAUCGAGGGCGGGAAACGGAAACUGGCGUUGGAGUUGAAGCUACAGGAGGCCGCGCAGUCGCUGAACAGGCUAUACGACGAUGGCCCAGACAUGGUGAACGGCAAUCGCAAACGGACAGGUCAUCUGGGGAUGAAUGGGGGUGCGGAGUUGAGCCAUACGUCGGACGAAGGGCUUGCCAUGACGAUGCGGAAGUGCGAGGAGCAGUCGCAGGAGAUCGCGAAACUCGAACGGAGAGCCAGUGACAUUCGAACGAGGAUCUUGGAACAUACGGCUGGAGUGUUACAGAUGACGCACAAGGGGCUGAAGAAGAAGAAAGGCGCAAAGACGGACGAGUCAUCUACAAACGAGGAAGAUCCUUAUGGCUGUGGACAUGAGUUUGACCACCGGAGCCUAUACCGUACAGCAGAUUACCUGGAUCACCACGGCGGAGGAGGGCCGCGAGACGUGCCUAGCCUGGAGCCUGACGUGGAAUCUACCUCCACCGACCUCAGCGGGCUACAGAAUACCCAGUCGAAGCUCGAGGAGAUGAACUAUCGGUUACGCGAAAUGAUAUUGCAGAUGAGCCCGGACCAGGACGUAGAUCCUAUCCCGCAGAUAAUCUCAAACGGAGCCACCUCGGACCCCCUAGCUACGGUCAACAUACAGCUUGAAUAUCUCGAGAAGGGCCUAGAGUCGAUUGCCCUGCAUCGAAGUUACUCGUCACAGGAUAGCCAGGAGCCUCCGCCUUCUGCACACAACACAAUAGACAAACUGGACGAGUUCAGUCGACGGCUGGACGAAGCUCUGGCGGCUGCAGGGUCAAGCAGACAGCCUACCAGCCCUCACAUAUCGGUGAUUAGAAAAACGCUACCGGAGCAGCUAGACUACCUCGAGACCGCCGUUGUGGAUGUCGAGAAGCGGAUAGAGAGCUUCAUAGAGCAAAAGACCAUCCUGAGUACCCAGAUACAACAGCAACGGGACCUCAACUCCAAGUCUGACGCAGAGCGCGAUUCAUAUAUUGCAGAUCUUACUGCGGAUAUAGCCAAGCUACGAAAGGAACUCGACAAAUCUAACGCCGAGGCUGAGGGUGCCAGAACCGAACUUGCGAUGGUCAUGGAUCAACUAGACUCUUCGCGACAGGACUCGAUGCUUCGCGAACAGAAACGUAGCAUCGGGGAGGCUCCUCAGCCAUCCCCUGAAAAGGACGCCCUCCUCAAGGCCGAACAAACCCUGGCAGACAAAGAGGCGCGCAUCGACAGCCUAGAAUCCACACUUCAAGAGCUACGUUCGCAGACAGAUAUCCAGCUUCACGAAGCCCAUCAGUCGCGCGAACAGGCCGAACAAGCCCACAGUAAACUCCAGUCUGAAUUCGCCGAGCUCGAAAGCGAAAUGGUCCGCAUCCAAACAGAGCUCACCUUCGCCAAAGCAGAGCUCGACGGCGCCUACGGAAGCAGGUCAGAACGUGCCGCCGAAGCAGCAGCCAAUCCGGCCGUGCAGCGCGAAAUCGACGAUCUACGAGAGCGCAACAUGGAUCUAACAAGUCAAAUCGCGACGUUGAAAUCGGUGCAGAUGAAUAACGCCAACUCAGCUAGCACAGGUGCUCACGAGCGCAUCCAGAUGCUUGAGAAGGAGCUGCGCGAGACAAUUGACGACUAUGAGGAGUUGACCAAGCAGAGCAUUGAAUUUGAAAAGGAGCGCGAUAAGUUUGAGAAUAUGAUUGAUGGCUACAGAGACCGAUGUGAUACCCUGGAGACUCAGCUGAGUGACGAACGCAUUCAGAAUCUUGGAGUGAGAGACGGCUUGACGGUAGAAAACACGUCGAUCACGGUGCUAAAGAACGAGUUUAAGAAGAUGAUGAGAGAGACGAGGGCGGAGAGUAUCAAGACGCUGAAGGAACCGUUCUCUGGCCUCAAUCAUGGGUUUGAUCGAACACCCGCCCGGCACAUCGCAUACUCCGUUGAUCGACCCAGUGGGCUUCGACGUGUUGUAUCGACCAGAACGCUCAGCCCACAUCUGGAUUCGUCCGAGUCUCUGCCCAGCGAGCAUAGCUCUCUCUACGAUGCUUUCCUUUCGAGCUACGAAUCCGAACAUAACACCGCGCAACCAAGUCCGAAAAAAGAAGAUGAGAGCACCGAACCGGCUGGUAGUAGCCAUGUCCAUGAAAUUCGUUCAUGGGAUGUCGAACGAACGCGGCGCCAGGAGAGACUGGCCGUCCCUUCACUGGAAACUAUACUCGAACACCAGAGCGUGUCUACUCAUGGAGCUACAUCUUCCAGAUCGCGCUUGAGGCCAUGCGCAUCCGUCGGUGUUUCGUCACUCUCAAAAUCCUCCUACUCGCGAGCGUCAUCCGUCACGCCUCCCAUACGCUGGAACCGAUACGGAUCCAAAAUAUAUUCUUUCGACGACCAUGAUCUCCCUUCGUUUCAACCUAAAUUUUCCUUUUCCUCCCUCCCUAGUGAACGACGCCACUCAUGUAGCACCCUCUCUUCAGACGGUAGUUUUGAGACGCCUAGCUGGUUAAACGACGUUGUCUCUCCAGCAGCACCUACACAGCCUAUACAUCCUCCACCGCAUCGGCCUAGCACUCCACCUGGCGUCCCAUCAUUUGGUUCUCCUGAAGCACUUAACUACGACAUAUCAUCACUCCCUCGAGGAACCCCGCGGACUGAUCAGAACGGCAGCAGGUCAUCGCCACAGAUUAAUCAAGAUCCGGGGACAGGAGCAGCAAAUGACUCCUCUAACGAGGCAAGCGGAUGCUGUGGACUUGAUUGGCGGCGACUUUUUCGCGAGACGGCAUCGUAUAUCACCUAUCAACCCCCUGAACGACUACCACCCGGUGUUCUCGCAAGAGCAGAUGAUGGGACUCUUGUUCGAGGACGAUUCGGCGCUCGAGCUAGUGGUCAUGGUAUUGGUGCUACGUCAAGCUUAGAAAAUCACCCUUUCCACCAGAACAAUCUUCCCGCCGCGAGAACGAAGGAUGCCAAUGUUCAGGCACCGCAGCCCGCGCAUACGAGAAGUAGUCGGUCGCAUGCGGUCAACGACUUUGGCUUGCAGCGGCAUUCUCCGCGUCCCUCUUCGACAAGCAGUUCAAAUCCACUUCCUCGGUAUCGAUCGCUACUUGAUGACCACAGGGAUCUACCCGCUCCAUCAACCCCGCCAGAAAUACCUCAACCGGGGCUCGAAAUGAACGUAAACACGACAAGUGCGGUUUACUACGGCUUUGGAAUCUGGUUUCAUUUAACGUAUCCAAGUGCUGCUGACUGGGCGAUGACGACGAACACGAGAGAGAGCAUGGUAUAG